AUGAGUCUGCCCCCUCGCAAACUUUUAAGUACAUCCUCGCCAGAAGGCAUUCAUGUGGCGCUGCAAAUCACACCCACGCGUCUUGCUAACUUGCUCAUUCGGAAGGGCCCCCUCCCUAUUCGCCACAUCACGGCGCUGUUGGCAGUUGAAGUGCCCUGCUUUGACAUGUUAUCCCUUUCGAAGCAGCGUCGUUUGAUCAUGGCGGCAAUGGAGCAAGAAGACCCCGUCAAUAACGUUGUGUUCGAGAAGAUCGGUUGGGGCCAGUGGGCCGUACGCAAAGCUGAUCUGGACUUUAUUGUUAGCGAAGGCACGGAGCCCCAAGAGAAUAGCGAAAAUCCGUUGGCCCCCCCAGCUAAGGUCAACGUUGCCGACUUGCGCAAUCAAAAGCUUGGUUGGACGAAAAAGAAAGUCGGAACUACUAAGCGAGAAGCGAAGAACCCUCGCCGAACUCUGAUCACGGUGGCACUGCGCAACCUCCACAACACCACUGUGCCCGGUGAGCGCAUCCCUGGUGAUGACGGCGCUGCCCACCCAAUGAUGACGCGCUCAAAAACCGCUCGUACCGAAGUGGCCAUUGCUAGUGAUCUGGAACUGCUGGAAGAAUCGGAAGACGAAGAGGUAUUUCCAUUUGAUCUGGAUGUACCUGUGAAAUUCGCCAACCGUGUUCCCAUCAAGGUGGUUCUGCCUCCAAUGGAUCAAAUGGGGUACCGGCGGUGGUCUCACUCCCUGGCGAUGCUGCGGCCUCAACUUGCUCCGUUGCGUCAGCAUUUGUUAACUAACCGCCUGCGGCUCAACUCGAUGGAUGCCCUUGAAAACUACGUGGCGCUGCUGGCUCAGCUGCUGACGAUUCUGGUCACUCUGCUGACAGCACUGCUCCCUUAUGGUUCGCCGCCAGCGUGGCUGGCACAAGGUCUGCCUUAUGGUAACUACACUGCUAGUGCUGGAGCCAGCCCCGCUCCCGAACCCGCCCUAGGACGCUCCCGCCGAAAGUCACUGUUCAACGAGUCGCAUGUGCGGCUGACAUUGGGCCUGGUGCCCAAGAGCCACCCGGUGCAGUUAGCACCCAUUGGUACUCCUCAAACAAACCAACCGUUGCCUCACCUACUGGUAGCGAUGCUGGGCCUGGUCGAGCCUGGUCUGGACACCGACGAAGAAGAUUGGGCAACGAUUGGUGCGGAAACGUUGAGACAAACUACCAGCGGCCGCGUCACGAAGAAGAAGCGCCACCUGAUCCUGGGGCGUCGGCCGCUGCGGGUGGCUACGGCUAAAGUCGAUGAUUUAAACGACGACGAGAAGCUGGCGGCCAUGGCUUUAGUCGAGUUGAUGCACUAG